AUGCCCUCGGAGGUUGGCAGGGGAGCAAGUCGUGGUGCAAGGAGUCGACGCCAUCGAGAAGUUGAGACAACGACGCUUGGGCAAUCUACUAUUUACGCUGUACCUUAUCCAUGGGUAGUGGUGCAAUUACUGCGUUCAGUGACUACAAGACCAGCCGGGGAAGAUAUCCUCAAGCGUCCAGUCCUUGCUCUAGUAUUGCAGCGGCACCUCAAAGCCCUUGCGGUCACAGGAUGCAUGCUCGCAUCCAAUCUAGAUGCUUCAAAGGUCUCCGAGGACACCAUGUCUGGGAUCUCAUCCACGAUAAACAUCUACUGA